AUUAAUUUAGCGACCAGGGUUACGCGCGCAGCACGAACGGCAAAAGGUUCGUCCGAGCGACCAGUCAUGUUUGUGGGGUGGUCGGAUUAGUAUAUAUUAUUAUCGUCCGCUGACGUCCGAAAAGACGGUGCACGUUCGAAUCAAGAAAUGGAGAAGUACAAAAAUUAAUAACUUUUUUUCAAUUUUUCUUCUCGUUUUCAAACAUUCCAGUGUUUUUUUUUUUUUCAAAUUUUAUUUCGUUACGUCUAAAAUAUAUUUUAUUAUACGAGCUAUAUAUUUGUUCACCAAACUAUAAAUCAUACUCAUUGCAUCGCCUUGCUAUGUUAGACAUAGAAGAAAAAUGUAGUAAACUAAACAUAAUAUAUGAACAGCCAACAUCACCACAGUCACCACCGAGGGAACAGAGAGAAGAAUGGGGUAACAAACUUGACUUUUUGUUCUCGUGUAUUAGUGUAUCCGUUGGCUUAGGAAACGUGUGGAGAUUUCCUUACUUGUGCUACAAACAUGGCGGGGGUGCAUUUUUGGUAACUUACUUUAUAGCUAUGAUAUUUUGUGGAAUACCGAUUUUUUUUCAAGAAGUGGCUAUCGGACAGUAUUUGGGUUCUGGUGGGAUGACGUUGGUUGGAAAGUUAUGUCCAAUACUUUCUGGAACUGGUUAUGCUACGAUGACUAUAGUUUUCUUACUGGAUGUGUACUAUUGUGUUAUUGUAGCAUGGACAUUUUUUUACUUAGCAAGUUGUUUCAUAUCAUAUCCGACUUUGCCGUGGGAAAGUUGUAACAAUUGGUGGAACACAGAAAAUUGUUUGAAGCCAAAUAAUGUUAAUAUAACUCACGAGAAUUUUAGUAUAGAUACAAUAAAACGCAUGUUUAAUACAUCUUUGACGCUCAAUAGCAAUAUAGAUUUGUGGAAUCAAAUGUAUUUCAAUAAAACGUAUAAAUCACACGGUAAUAUUUUCAAAAACGAUGGUCAACUUACGGAAUUCUGUCACACUAUUAAGUUAUUGUCAUAUGUUGAUGUUUCGUUAAACUUUACCGACAUAGAAACAAAUAAUUCGUCUGCCCUUCGUCCAAUACAAGGUCUUGACUUUUUGAACCAACUUCGAAAUUGUUUCAAUGUAACGACUGUGACACCAGCUGAAGAGUAUUGGGAGAAAAGAGUGCUCAUGCUGACUAGCGGUAUUGAAAAUAUUGGAGGAAUGCAAUGGGAACUAUUAUGUUUAUUAGGAGUAUCGUGGAUCUUGAUUUAUACCAUCUUGGGCAAAGGUCUCAGUCAGAGUGGAAAGAUAGUGUGGUUCAUAGCAAUGUUUCCAUAUUUAAUAAUGGGAGCAUUACUGAUCAGAGCAGUGACGUUGGAAGGAGCUAGUCAAGGUAUCAGAUACUUAGUCACUCCAAGAUGGGAGAGUCUUUUGAAUUCAGACACAUGGAUAGAAGGAACAACACAAAUAUUCUUUGGCUAUAGUGUCGGAGUUGGCACUUUACCAGCUCUCGGAUCAUUCAACCGAUUUCAUCACAAUUGUUAUAGGGAUGCAGUAUUAACUUGUGUUAUUAACACGCUCACGUCUAUCAUACCCAGUGUAAUAACAUUCAGUAUAUUAGGUUUUAUUGCUGCUUCUCAGGGAGCUACGGUUAGCGAUGUUGUGGAAAGUGGACCUGGUUUGGUAUUUAUAACUUAUCCACAAGUGGUGCUUCAGCUACCCGGGGCAAGAAUAUGGGCAGUUGUAUUCUUCGUCAUGCUUGCUAUGAUUGGUAUCGAUAGUGAAUUUUGUAAUGUUGAAUCAUUCAUAACCGGACUGACGGAUAAGUGGCCUAAGUACUUACAUGCUAAACGAAAAACUUUCACAUUGUUAGUGUGUAUAGGUAUGUUUGUGUUAAGUUCGUCCAUGGUGACUAAUGGUGGAAUGUAUAUAUUUCAAUUAAUGGAUACAUAUUCGGCAUCGGGAAUAUCGUUGCUUUGGGUGUGUUUCUUUCAAACUAUAGCUAUUUCAUGGUUCUUUGGAGCUGAUAGAUUUCGCGAAUGCGUCAAUCAGAUGCUCGGUUUUCGACCAAAUUUGUUCUGGUACAUCUGUUGGGUGUAUCUUGCACCUUUCGUCAUGAUCACGGUAUUUGUAUUUUUUAUCAUAAAGUAUGAACCGGUAAAGUAUGGGAAUCAUUAUACAUAUCCAUGGUGGGGUGAAGGAUUAGGAAUAAUAAUAUCGUUGAUUUCCAUGAUAUGGAUACCGCUAUAUGCUGUUUACUAUUUAAUGACGGAAUCUGGAACUUUAAAACAAAAGCUCAAACGAGGUUUUACACCUAUUCCGGAAGUCAAAUGCAGAAUUCAGAUAAAAAAAGAAACUGAAAAUAUCAUUGAUAAGAGAAUUAACAUACAAUUAAUGGAAUGCAAUACGUUGGUAUACUGUGGCAAUAAUGAUAGUAAAAAUAUAUGAAUACCAAUUUUAGUUAACUAUAACGUUUAAUGUUCCAUUAUUCUUGCAUUACAGCAGUAUUGUAGAUAUUUGUUUAUGAAUUCAAAUAGGUUAACACUAAAACAAAAUUCUAUA